AAAAGCUGGAAAUCAGGUACAGGGGUACAUUUUUUUUGGAGAAGUGUCAAAGUUUACAAAGUUUCCAGCGAGUUUAAUUGGUAUUUUAAUAGUAUAUUCAGACAAUGUUUUAGGCAAGAAGGUGAAAAAUAUCACUGAACCCCUGUUGAUACUUGUAAAGCACAGAUUAAUCCUCAAAAAAAAAUGUCUGCACCAGCUGAAGAACCUGCAGUAGAGGCAACUACAGAAAAUAAAUCAGCAGAUGAAAGCAACACAAAGACUGAAACAGCCAAAGACUCUGUUGACUCUGCCAACCAGAAUAACAACAAACCAAUCAAAAAGGUCAAAAGCAAGAAAGAUCUCAAAAAUGAUCCAAGUAGAUUUGAUCCACCAGGGGUGAAUUUCAAUGCAAAGUUGAUUGGUAUAGAUGAUGUUGCAAAUGCAAGGGGAGACAAGAUGUGUCAGGAAGCCAUGUAUCGUCUCAAGGUUGCUGUAAAACAGUCAGGACAGCAUAAACAGAAAGUUAUAGUCAAUGUUUCCCUAGAUGGAAUUAGAAUUAUUGAUGUCAGAACUCAUGCUACCAACCACACCCACCCAGUUCACAGGAUCUCAUUUAUUUCUCGAGAUAUAACAGAUGCGCGGGCAUUUGGAUAUGUCUAUGGAGCAGGAGAGGGAAAACACAAAUUCUUUGCAAUCAAAACAGAGAAAGCGGCUGAAGCUCUGGUUCUGACGCUGAGAGAUUUGUUUCAAGUUGUCUAUGAGCUGAAGAAACAAGAGGUGGAAGAUGCUAAACAUAAGAUAGAGGAACCAGCUCCAGAAACUACAACAGAAGUUAAAGAAAACCAGGAGCCAGUUUACCAGGAGAUUGAAGUGGUACCACGGAAUGGCAAGCCUGUAGAAAAUGGCACAGAUCCAACCUAUCAGGUACCAAGCAAUAAUCAGCCAGUACAGUCAGAGGGCCCAGACCUGCUGCAGAUGGAGACAGAAUUGGAGACAAUAGAAAGGCGUAUAGAGCAGAUAGAUACAAUGGAGGAAUUAUUCAAGGAGCUGGAAGCCCCACCAACUACUAGUCAAACUACCCCAGCAGUCCCAGCAUCUGGUGGCAGUGCCUGGGCCUCAGACCUGGCUUCACUGUCUCAGGGUAUGCCCCAGACUCAAACUCAGCCCAUGUUCUCUGUUGGAGGAGCAGCUUUCCCUGGUCAGCCCUUCCCACCUACUUCCAGUGCUCUUCCAGGAGGUGGCCAACCAUUUGGUCAGGGAGGCCAACCAUUUGGAGCUGCAGGUCAACCAUUUGGAGGUCAGCCUGCUGCUGCAGGUCAGCCAUUUGGAGGUCAGCCUGCUGGGCAGUUUGGAGCAGUUCCACAGCAACAACCAGCACCAUUUGGUCAGCCAAAUCCUUUCCAGCUCCCAAGUGUUCCACCUAGAACAGGUAUGGGAUUUCCUGGAGGGAACUUCCCAGGUACAGGAAACUUUCCUCCUACUCCGUUCCCUGGUACCCAGCAACAAGGACCAGCUUUCCCUGGUGUCCCACCUAGGCCUGGUGCCCAGCCUGCUGUUUCUAUUACUCCAGCAAAUGAUCCAUUUGGAAGUGACCCAUUUGCCAGCAACAGUGCAUUUGAAGAGGGUGUUCUUGAGCCAGCAAGGCUAGAAACUAUGAAAGAAGAGUCACAGGUCACCAAUUCUGGGAAGGUUGAUGUGUUUGGAGACCUUGUCAAUAUUGGCGGGAAAACUAAAGCAUCAACACCAAAGGAUAUGUUUGCAGAACUAGCGGCACCUGAGAAGAAGUCAUUGAAUGAGCUGAAAGUUGAUAAAUCUCCAUCACCCAAGCCGGCCUCACCUGUCGGGUUUCAGGCAAGUGGGGAUCCUGCAUCCGCUGCACCUGACCCCUUUGGAAAUACGGAAAAUCCCUUUGGCACGUCCGAUCCUUUUGCAAAUGAUCCCUUUGCCAGCAAUAGUAUUGGAACAAGUCAACCUACUGCACAACCCAGCACGCAUCAAGAUGCUUUAUUUGGCGGCAACUUUUUUGGUGAUGCUAAUGAUGAUGAUGAUGCAUUUAAUAUACCCCUUCCGCAGGGACCACCUCCACCUCUUCCUGAAAAUAUUGCUAGUCAAAACCUGAACCUUAACCCCUCAUCUGGACCUCUUCCACCUCCUAGACCUUCUGUGGAUACACCCCCUCUGCCUGUUCAUAAUCCACCCCUACCUCCACGCCCAAAAUCAACAAGCUCUGAUAGCACUAAAAGUACUAGCAGUUUGAAUUCAUUAACAGAACCUCAAAAUGUGAGUCAACAGUCAACACCCCCUCUUCCACCAAGGCCAAAAUCAAACAUUGACACAAAGGUUGUGCCUAGGCCAAGACCUAGAGCUUCAUUAUUGAAAAAUUCGCCUAACGCGGCAACUUUGUCUUUAACAAAAUCUGACAAUACUCAUACUGAUAAAGCUCAAACUGUGAAACCAACAAAAACUGUGAUAAACAGAGAAAGUGACUCAAUUAAUGAAAAUGCAGUUAACUGUGUUAAAUCAAAUGAUAGUGAUAAAAACAUUGAACAAAAACAAAAAAUCUCACAAAGUGCCAUUAAAGACAAAACUGUACAGAAAGAAUCUCAUAAAAAUGUGACUUCAGAUACUCCAGAGAUUAUGCAUAGAACUUCUUCUACUGUGGCAGACCCUUUUAUAUCUACAGACCCUUUUGCUUCAGAAGACCCAUUUAUGCAAUCUGACCCUUUUGCAAAUGACCCGUUUGCAUCAGAUCCUUUUGCAGACAAUACACAACCUGCUAGCAAAGAUGAUCCUUUUACCACUGUAGUCACCAGUCCACACGCACACACUGAGGCUGAUCCAUUUUCUGUGUUCGACAACACUUUGUCAAAUGAUUCAGCUUUUAAAUUUGAAAGAUCUUCAUCGAAAAAAGGGAAAGUAAAGAUUUCUGGAAAGAAGCAAUCUUGGUUAAAAGCCAAUGAUCCAUUUGGUAUGCCACAAGCUUUUAAAUGAGACAAAUGAUCUUCAAUGAACGACAUGGCCAAAGAUGUACAAGACUUGUUUACAACGUUACAGCUUGGUGAAACAACUGGAGUGAUUAUUUCUAAAAUACAGUAUGGAUUGGAUUUUCUUUGAAGCAUUUCAUACCAUGUGAUUAAUGAUAUAAAUUUAGAUAGAAAUUGGAACUUGAAACAUGACCCUUAUACAGAUUCUCUACAGAAAUUUUGAAAAUAUGGCUUGUAACAACCGAGUUCAUUACUAUAUGGAGGGAACAUCAUUGUGGUUGUUUUUAGUAUAACUUGGACUAAAAAAACUUUGUAACUCUAGACCGAUAGACAGCUUGUAAUACUGUAGUAGGGUAGAGUAUCUUAACAGAAAUUUUAAACAUAGAUGUUUGAUACACUCUCAACUAAGCACCUACUGAUAGGUCAUUAACGGGGCUUUAGACUCUCUACAUAGAAAGUAAUAAAUGAAACUCCUUACACCAACAACCUUCCGACAUAAAAAGUAAUAAAUACACUUUAUUUGAUAAAGUGAGCAUUUUUCUACAUGUUUAUGGUGUAUUGGAACUUGACUAUUAUGGACAUCUACAUAGUGGUAUUGUAGUGCAGUCUAAAACUUAUAUUUCUGAUGCAUAUUUAACAAUGUGAUGAUUUUCAACUGUUAACCUGUCAUAUACUAUUAUCCACAUAUAUAAUAUUAGGAUCUCUGUCAAGGAUUUACUGAACAUAUUAUUGGUAUUCUAACAAAUUUGAAGUAAGAAAGUGACCUGGAAGUUUUAAGACAGACUUAGUUAUUGAAAUUUCACCAUUAAAAGAAUGUUUUUGAGACCAGACAUUUUUGUGACUAGUGAUAUUUACUAGCGGCACAACUUCAUUUUCAAGGCAGCUUAGUUAACAUUUCAAAAGCUUUUCUUAUAUCAUAUCAGGAUUUAUAUAUUACCCCGAGUUCAGUGUUGGACUGUCCAGGGCAAACCAUUUAGUCUUCCAUUACUGUUGUAUGUAUGCUUUGGUGCUUUGGAAUUAAUAUCCAGAUCAUUUAUAAGCUUGUACAUGAAUUUUUAUUAACCUUGUGGCAUAUUAUAAAAAAUCUAAUAUCUUUGUUUAGUCAGUACUUUCAGGAAUGUGUUUACUUGUGAAUUUCAGUUUUGUAAUUAUAUCUAUAAAUAUAUAUGUAUUUUGUAACCGUCAGAAUAUUCUGACUGCCUUGUAUUCUAUAUGUUUGGUACCGGUACUCUUUUAUAAAAGGUAUAUCAUAUAAGUACUAUACAAUGUAUCUUGUGUUUCUUAUCUGUCAAAGUGCUGUUAGGGUACCCAUUUCUGCUUUCUAGGCACUGCUUGCUAAAACUGUAAAUAUUGCUUUACAGGCUACUAAUUGAUACUAUAUUCAUAAUAGAAAGAGAUCAGUUGUGAAAUUAUUAACGUUUUUUGAUAUUCAGGUUAGUGGGGUGGGUUGCGAAAUCAUAAAAGAUAUUUGUGGACUCAAAAUGGUGAUUUUCUUAAGGUGGUACAUAUUAACACAUUUGAUUUUUCAUUCUCACUCUAUGUAUUGUAUAUUUUUGUGUGUUCACAAUUUGUGAAAAGUAAAACAGUCAUAUUAAGCCAGGUUACAUCUUCAUGUAAACCUUAAAUUUUUCCCCAUAUAUGUAAUUGAAAUCAUAGUUUUUUUGCAAAAUUAUCAAAAAUGUCUGAACUUACAUUUGUAGCAAAAAUUAAGGUUGUAAAUACAUGUUUCUGAUUUUACUGCUACACGUUAUAUUGUGUUUCCAGCCGUUCUGGUUUGAAUGUAGAAGUUGACGUUUUAUGUAUAAAUAGUUAAUGGCCAAAAAUUGUUAAUGUUUUUGUUUAGUCUUCCAUUAGUUGCAAUAUUGUUAGGGGUUUGUUAGUGACUUGGGUAUUUUUAUCAGAAAACCAAAUCUUAUUUGUAGAUGUAGAUGUUUGUUGGUACACACCUGUUGGUAUUGUUACAUACAAUGUUACAGCUUUAUAAUGAAGAAAAUACUGCUCAGUACUUGUGCUUAUAUGCAGUAUAAAAUUAUAACACAAUUGAAUGUUGUCCUGAUCAGUUUAUAAACUUGCACCAUUUAGGUAGAUUACUAAAACUCGUGUUUAUUAAGGUUUAGGAGUAUAUCACCAAAACACAGAAAUAUUUUAUAAACGAAUAACAUCGUUAUCAAUAUUUUACCUGACCAUUACAUGUUCUGCCGUACUGUCCCGUACUGAAAAUAUUCUGAAAAAGUUGUCCCCCUUUGAAAAUGAAUGCCAUUUGUAAAGAAAUAAAAAUAAACAAUCGCUGAAAACUGUGUUCCACCUAGUUAUGUGAAAUUUCAACACUCGCACGGUAUUACAAAUGCAUCAAAACAAACAUGUGUAACAGUUCCUUGAAAAUGGUGAGUUUUUAAAAGCGCUUGACUGUCAGGAAGUGGGGCCUGUUUAAACAGUUCUUUUUUUCGGAAUUCAAUGCUUAUAUCAGUAUAUUGACACUUGUUUUGUAGAGUAAUAUAAGUAAUAUACACGCUAUCAUUACAAAAACAACAACACAAGUGUCGGUAUACUAAUAUAAACAUUAAAUUCCGAAAAAACGACUGUCUAAAUGGGACCCACUUCCGGGCAGUGAAACGCCUUCAAAAAUUCACCAUUUUCAAAGAACUGUUACACAUGUUAGUUUUGAUUCAUUUGCAGUCGGAUGCGAGUGUUGAAAUUUCACAUAAUUAAGUGGAACACAGUUUUCAGCAAUUGUUUAUUUUUAUUUCUUUACAAAUGGCAUUCAUUUUCAAAGGGGGACAACUUUUUCAGAAUAUUUUCAGUACGGGACAGUACGGCAGAACAUGUAAUGGUCAGGUAAAAUAUUGGUAACGAUGUUAUUCGUUUAUAAAAUAUUUCUGUGUUUUGGUGAUAUACUCCUAAACCUUAACUCCCAUCAUUAUUUUCGUAGAUUCCAUAAAGAGAUGGGAACAUAUAUUCCAUAAAGAGAUGGGAACAUAUAUUCCAUAAAGAGAUGGAAACAUAAAGAGAUGGAAACAUAUAUUCCAUAAAGAGAUGGGACCAUAUAUUCCAUAAAGAGAUGGGACCAUAUAUUCCAUAAAGAGAUGGGAACAUAUAUUCCAUAAAGAGAUGGGACUGUUUUCAGAUAACAGUUACAGUUGCAUUUUUUUCCACCAGUUUUGCCGCUUAUUUGGUGUAGAAGAAAUGGCUUUUUUUUCAAUUAUGAUCAAAAUGAAAUUUAUAAUGUUAUUCAAUACCUAAGUUGUGUAACUGCAAAGACAUUUAGGUAUUUUAAGUUUUCAACAAACUGCUGAGAAACUUUCCCACAAUUUUACAGUUGAUGUUGAAAAUACUCUCAGACCUUACAUAUUUCCGUUAUGUACUCUUACAUUAUUUUUGUCUUCAAUUUUAUAUCCUUAUUUAGUCAUAUAUGUAUUUUCAGUUUAGUAUAAUAUGUACAUGUACUUUUGAUGGCCUAAAACAAAGAUGGCAUUUUUACGUGCAAUAGAUCAGUUAAAUAAAACCCAACUUACAAAAUGCUCAUUUUUUAGGUUCUAGCUGCUAGUGUAUAUUUAUAGCAAUACUAAGUAUUAUUUUGACGUAUUAUUUAUGUUACAUCUAUAAUUACAGUUGAAUGUGUGAUCAGAAUUAUGUUGUUAAGUGUGCUUAUUACAUUGCUAGAUUUUAUUUCAUGAUUGACUUAUUUAUAUUUUAAUUCUGUUAAUGACAAAUAAAUCAUAUUGAUUUUUA